GUUGGGGGUGAGCUACAGUUGGCUACACCAGAGGCGGCUGGAGCAGACAUGGACGCGUCAGAAGUACCUGGCCAAUCCAAGAUCCGAGAUGGUGAUUGGUGCAUUGCGAAUGGAUGUCAUGGAGGGAUAUCCGGUCCGCUGCUGUCUGGAGAGCUGAAGGAUCCCCGGCCAGAGCAUGCUUUGGCAUCAACUAAGGCAUUACUGUGCUGCUGCAAUGUGCCAGACAGCCUGCCACAGGAGAACUGCAUUAUUAUUUUGGACUCGGACAGCGAUGAAGACUUUGAGCACUUUGUGACCAAAAAGAAGCAGAAAUCGAACAUUAGCUACGUGGUGAUUGACUCAGACUCUGAGGAUGAGUACUUCCGUGAGAACGUCCAGGCUCACAUAUACGAAAUGAGCACCGGAGGUGUCGCUGAGACUGAGGUGGAGAUUCUAGAUGAAGAGCCGACACCUGUGGUGGAACCACCAAGGAAAAGGAAGAAGAAAACCAAAAAUACGUGUGUGGUGCCCGCUGUUAAAGAACCAAAAAGACGUGGGCCUUCGAAGACGCUUGCUUCUAAGAAGCAUCCCAAUGCAGCAAAAUGUGAUAUAAGCCACACGGGGGGUUCCGUAUGCAAAAUACCUGGAUGUUUCUUGCAUGACGUGGAAAAGGCAAAGGAUUAUUCCGGAAGGAAGUUCAAGAAAAAUAUGGAUAGCCUGGCUCGGGAAAUGUACAGUCUGUUUAACAGAUCUGUCUUUGAUAAACAGCUGCCAGAAAAGCUGGAUAUCGGCUGGAAUAAGAAGAUGCUGAGAACUGCUGGCUUGUGCACCACUGGUGAGACCCGGUAUCCGAAGAGGGAGCGUUAUGCGAAGAUCCAGAUUUCUGUGAAAGUCUGCGACUCCGCAGACCGCCUCCGGGAUACUUUGAUCCAUGAAGUAUGCCACGCGGCCUCCUGGCUGAUCGAUGGUGUCCGUGACUCUCAUGGUGACUCAUGGAGGUUUUACGCCAAAAAAUCGAACCUGGUGCACCCGGAGCUGCCCCUGGUCACCCGUUGCCACAACUACAAGAUUAACUACAAGAUUCAUUAUGAAUGCACUCAGUGCAAAGCCAGAGUCGGCCGCUACACCAAAUCAUUGAAAACCGACCGCUUUCUCUGUACCAGGUGCAAAGGGACCCUGGUCAUGCUACCACCAACUCGUAAGGAUGGGACCCCUCUUGCACCCCAUGUGAGACCAUUUGCUAAGUAUGUGCAGGAGAAUUAUAGAUUGGUUAGGAAGUCAGCAGAAGGGCUAACCCAUGGCGCUGUGAUGAAACAGCUGAGCAAGGAUUAUGCCCUUAAGCACAAGCGAAAUCCUUAAGGUCAUCUGAGAGUGUACUUGUGUGGGCUGAGUUCUCCACUGCUAAGAAGUUUGAGAAAACAUUUGUUUCUGCAAUGAAUACUAGGAUUUAAGUGCAUUUUUAUAGCUUCAUACUUUUAGCGAUGACUGUUCUUAAGUAAGGAUUCUGUUGCUCAGCAUUCUGUGCCCUUGAUGGUACUCAGAAGCCCUUUGGGUCUGCCUUGGGUGUUAACUUACACUCCAUAGUUUUAAGACGUGGACCAAAAUACAGUAAGAGAAACAUAGUUUAAGAUUAAGACCGAGAAUAAGAUACAGUAAGAGAAACCCAUAGUGUUAAGACCACGGUUUUAAGAUUAGGAUGAAAAGAGAAACCGACAGUGUUAAGACCAGACUGUUCUUAAGUAAGGAUUCUGUUGCUCACCUUUCUGUACCCUUGACAGUACUCAGAAUCCCUUUGGGUCUGCCUUGGGUGUUACUUACACUCCAUAGUUUUAAGACUUAGAACAAAAUACGGUUAGAGAAACACAUAGUUUUAAGAUUAAGACCUAGAAUAAGAUACAGUAAGAGAAACCCAUAGCGUUAAGACCGUAGUUUUAAGAUUAGGACGAAGGACAAGAUACAGUAAGAGAAACAUAGUUUCAAGGUGUAGAACAAAAGGCAUUAAGAGAAAUGCGUAUUCGAGAGUAGCAGGUUGAGAAGAGGAGAAUGCCUCUGGGAAGUGAACCACAUUCAAAGGUGACCCUCCACCCAGGCCGCUGGCAGGUGCGACCUGUUACAAUAGGAGACAAAUGUGUUCCAUGAAUUCAGUGGUUCUUGAUGUUGAGUAAAGCCAUGUAAGCCAGUGUAACUUGAUCAGAUAAAAUAAAUGUUUUCUGCAGUU